AGUUAAUUAACUACAAAAUUAAAUAAUAAAAAUAUCAAAUCGAUAAAUUAUAAUUAAAGUUUUUUUUUUAUAUUUUUAUUUUAUUUUUCUUUAUUUACAUAAAUAUAUUUAUAAAUGGCAUCACCAGACCAAGAUCCAUAUUACUUGGCAGAAAAUAAUAUAGCAUCAGCAGCUAGAGGUUUAGAAGGGUUAUACGAAAAAUGGAAUUCAUUAGUUUUUGAAACAAAUACAUAUACAAAUAAAGAAUUUAAAUGGACAAGAAAGGAAAUGAAAAAAGUAUUACAGGAUAUAGAGGAUGAUCUUUCAGAUAUUGAAGAGGUUAUUGGUACAAUAGAAAAGUUUCCUGGUAGAUAUCAUUUGUUACCAGGCGAGUUACAGAGAAGAAAAUCAUUUGCAAAUGAUGUUAGAACCCAAAUAAAUCGAAUAAAAAGUAGUUUAAAUGACCCAAGCAUAUUAAGAAAGAUUGAAGAUGAUAAAACAAAAGAACUUUUAACAGCUGAUAGAAUUAACCAAAUUGAAAAGACAUCGAGAUUUGAUGGUCUAAAGAGGGCCCAUGAAGAAGAUAAUAGAGAUUAUGUACGUGACAAUCAUCAAUUCCAACAACAAUUAUAUCAACAACAAGAUCAAGGUUUAGAUGAAAUGCAUACCAAUCUCAUCGAUUUAAAGGAAAUGGGUGAAAAUAUGCAUACAGAACUUAAAGUACAGGCUGGUAUUUUAGAUAGACUACACGAACGUGCUGAAAACUCAAGUGCUCUUUUAGGUAGUGUUAUGAGAAAAUUAGAUAGAUUUAUGGAAACCACAAGUAGCAAAUUACAAUGGACAAUUAUCGCAAUUUUAGGUGUUAUUUUUAUAGCUUUAGUUCUUUUAACAACUAUGGUCAAAAAAUAA